GUUUCACCUCCCAACAUCAACCAUCCCCCCCCCCCAUCACCUCGAGAUGGCCGACAGAGCACGAUCAAGAUCGCGCUCGCCUCGGCGCGAUCGAGACAGAGACAGAGAUAGACCGCGAAAACAAGGCGGUUUCAAAUGGAAAGACAAGAGCCGCAGAGAUGACCGCGACGAGCCAAGAGGCCUUGAGCGAGGCUACCGCAACCGCUCCCGCUCCCCUCGUCGCGACCGCGAUCGCGAACCGGACAGAGAUCGCCGCAACGACCGCCGCGGCGGUGACGACAACUACAGACCUCGCGACUCUGGCGGCGGCGGCGCCAGCAGAGAUCGAGAAAGAGAGAGGGACGGAGGCAGAGACAGGGACAGGCCCAGCGCCUCGAGCUCGAAAGAUGCGCCUACGAAGCCCAAGAAGGAGAAGGCCGCGCCCGCGCCGGCUGCGGGUGGUGGCGAGGAGAUGAUUAUCGUGCACGUCAACGACCGUCUCGGCACCAAGGCUGCGAUCCCUUGUUUGGCCUCGGACCCGGUCAAGAUGUUCAAGAUUAUGGUGGCGCAACGGGUCGGGCGGGAGCCGCAUGAGAUCUUGCUGAAGCGCCAGGGCGAACGGCCGUUCAAGGAUAAUCUCACGCUGGAGGAUUAUGGCGUUAGCAACGGUGUGCAGCUGGAUCUUGAGGUUGACACUGGUGAUUAAGAGGUUUUGUGGAGGCUUUGGGUGUGGAUUGAGGUUGUGGUUGGACUUUCGUUGCGGAGGACUUGUUGAAGCUUCCGGUGGUAUCGCCACAAUCACCCAGACUGCACCAUUACGAUUGCGUUACCUUAUUCUGGCGUUAUUGGGGGAAACGAUCAUACUAUGGAAUCAGGUCUGGAAAGUCUAGAUGUUACCGAUACCCGUACAAAUGCUAUGGUAUGCAAGACCACCAAUAGCCCUGCAUCUUGCACUGCCCAAGGUACUCAAAGCCCAUGAGAUGAUUGCUUUGACACUCCAUGAACCACCCGCCUGGUCAGUACCUUCCACCUGAAUACAUACGGAAUAUACCACCACCAAAGCCUUCAUAUACCCCUCCAAGUCCAUUCCUGUCACCAGCAGGCGCCCGUCUAGGUCGACGGGUCAGGUCAAACUGGCUAGGUGGUGGAAUGGUUAAUGGUCA